UAUAAGUAACUAAUUAAGAAAGGUCAGUGAAAAACCAGCUAGCCAUGGAAAACUCUCUUCCUCUCCCUCUUCCUCUCCAUACCUGCCAUGUCCACUCCUUCUCCAUACUAGUCAACAGAUCCCAUGCACUCCUCCACUUCACAGCCCUUGCUUCCUUGAUAUUCUACAGAGCUUCUUUUCUUUUUACCAGAACCAACCCCAUCCUUCCAUGGCUUCUCGUAUUUGCCGCUGAAUUCCUUCUCUCUUUAAUGUGGACGCUUGGCCAAGCUUACCGCUGGCGUCUUGUCUCCCGAACCGUGUACCCGGAGAGAUUACCGAGUGAUGACAAGCUGCCGGGUAUUGAUGUGUUUAUUUGCACGGUGGAUCCCGAUAAGGAGCCGACUGUGGAUGUUAUGAAUACAGUUUUGUCGGCUAUGGCGUUGGACUAUCCACCGGAGAAGCUUCAUGUGUAUCUUUCAGAUGAUGGAGGGUCUCCCAUAACUUUGCAAGGUAUGAAGGAAGCAUGGAGGUUCGCACUGUGGUGGUUGCCGUUUUGCCGGAGAUACGAUGUCAAGACAAGGUGUCCUAAGGCUUUCUUUGGUGGAAGUGAUGAAGAUCUUCAUCAAGACCUUCGAAGUCCUGAGUUCUUCAAAGAGAGGAAAAACAUUAAGGAAAAAUACGAGAAUUUUAAAGAGGCAAUAAUUAGAGCUAAGGAAGACAGCAACCUCUACGGCAACGCAAAAUCUAGUACUCCCCGAGAUCACCCUUCAGUGGUUGAGGUCAUAGAAGAACAUCCCGAAGACUCUCCCCAAGAAAAUCAAGUAAAAAUGCCUCUCCUCGUCUAUGUGGCUCGAGAAAAAAGGCCGUCUCACCCACAUCACUUCAAGGCUGGUGCCCUUAAUGUCCUAUUGCGGGUCUCUGCUCUUUUGAGCAAUUCUCCAUACCUACUAGUGCUUGACUGUGACAUGUAUUGCAACGACCCAACCUCAGCUCGACAAGCAAUGUGUUUCCAUUUUGAUCCCACCUUCUCCUCCUCUUUAGGAUUUGUACAAUUUCCUCAGAGGUUCCACAACAAUAGCCAGAAAGAUGUUUAUGACAGUGAGAUUAGAUACAUAUUCUCGUUUAUACCCCUAAUUCAGAUGGCGUGGAACGGUUUCGAUGGAUUGAGGGGGCCGAUUUUGUCUGGUUCGAACUUCUACAUUAAGAGGAAGGCAUUAUGCAGCGGCUCAAGACCGGAAGGUAUAAACCUUGAAGAAGUCAAGAGCACUUUUGGUCCCUCCAAUGAGUUCAUUAAAUCCCUUCAAGACCAUAAGCACAAUCUGAUGAUCAAUGAAAGAAACUCUAUGGAAGUGGCCAAAGUUUUGGCCUCUUGUGCCUAUGAAGAUGAAACAAAAUGGGGUGAAAAGGCAUGUUUUCUGUAUCAUUCUCUGGUGGAAGAUGUCUUCACAGGAUUCACUUUGCACUGCAAGGGCUGGAGAUCUGUGUAUCUUAAUCCGAGGCGGCCGCAGUUUCUGGGGACUGGAAUAACAAGCUUAAAUGACAGGUUGGUUCAGGGCACAAGAUGGGCAGCUGGGUGUGCUGAAAUUUGCUUCUCAAGAUUCUCCCCUCUCAUAUAUGGGCCUCAACAGAGGAUGUCUCUUCUUCAGACCAUGGGCUAUGCUGAAGUUACAUUUAUCCCUCUUCUUUAUAGCACUUCUGUUUGGUGUUUUGCCACCAUUCCUCAACUCUGUCUCCUCAAUGGCAUCCCUCUGUACCCUGAGGUUUCAAGUCCAUAUUUUAGUGUAUUUCUGUUCAUUUUUCUAUCAGCACUAUUUAAACAUUUAUAUGAGGUCCUCACAGAUGGGAGGCCAAUCCGGACAUGGAGAAAUGAACAGAGGAUAUGGAUGAUACAAUCAGUUACUUGCCAGUUGUAUGGAACCUUGGAUGCUGUCAUGAAACUGCUUGGUCUAAGGGAAGCCAGCUUCAUGCCUACUAAUAAAGUCAUGGACGGUGAACAAAUGACACGAUAUGAAAAGGGUGUCAUCGAUUUCCAGGCAUCAACUAUGUUUGUUGCUCCGUUAGCUACCAUUGCAAUCGUGAAUGUGGCAUCCCUUGUUGGAGGAAUCAUUAGAAUGGUCAUUGUCGGAGAUUGGAGAAGGAUGUUGGGACAAGUCUUGCUCUCUUGCUACAUAUUGGUCAUGAAUUAUGCAAUAAUUGAAGCGAUGGUGAUAAGGAAGGACAAGGGUCGGAUUCCAUUGAAUGUCACUCUGUUAUCUGUUGCAUUUUCAGUUAUUUUCCUGUCAUUUGGAUCUAUCAUUCUCAUUAUGUCCGAAAUGGCAUUUUGAAAUUGUUUCUAAUUAGGUGAAGAAUGACUAGGAAUGAACUUUGAUAUCAUUGUAUUUCAUUGUAUUUGGAUUUGAUGAACUAUCUGUUCCUGCAAAUAAAUUUUAUGCACAUUCCUUCUGAUGAAUGUGCUUUCAAAGAUGACAUGAACAAGAAAC